CACACGGGCGCAGCUGCUUCUGGAUCCUCGCGCUGGAAGAUCUUAGUGCUGCACUGUUUGUCGGAGGCAACCCAUGGAGGAUCAAAACCCCAGAUUUUCCCACUCCAGGAUGUGGCCAGAAAUGACCCAUGAUAUCAUCCAGCUUCCAGCCCAGCCGAAGAUGGGGCUUAAGCGCUUUCAUCCGGAGGAGGCCCAAGGGGAAGGGGAAGACGUCUACAAAGAGGAGGAGGAGCAACACAACAGCUCAGAAGCUGCGAAGAGCGGCGGUCGGGGCAAAAGACUUGCUGGGUGGUCCCCCGCGUUGGGCCCAGGCCAGAUGCCUCCCGCAAAAUCAAUCAAACUCCUCCCAGGACAAGGCCCCUUUGCGCAAGAGGAAAGCCAACGACAGAUUCUGGGGGGCGAUGGUGUGGAGAGGGGCAGGGAGACGUCCUUAAGCAGCUGCCUGGCGGAGGCGAAGGUUUACCGCACCAGGGCUGUACAGGAAGAGCCCCUGCCCUUAUUGAAGUCCAAAUCCGAGGAAGAGGAAGGGGACCAGGCCGAAUUUCAGCGCAGUCCACCUCGCCAUGAGUCCCAGGUCCCGGCCUUUUCGCAGUUUGCACCCUGGGGCCAGCGAGCUGGAGCGGUGCUGGACUUAUCACAGCACAAUCGCCGAAGUCGGAGGGCCGCAGGGGCCCUGGACUUAUCGCGGCCCAGACCCCAGGACCCAAUAGCUGGAGAAGCUCCUGCCUCUCCAGAGUACAGACCCCAGGGCCAGACAAAUGGAGAUGCUCCUGAGUUACAACAGGCGGCCUGGAAUCUGUUUCUGUCCCUUUGCUGCACUGUUUGUUGGAGGCAACCCAUGGAGGAUCAAAACCCCAGAUUUUCCCACUCCAGGAUGUGGCCAGAAAUGACCCAUGAUAUCAUCCAGCUUCCAGCCCAGCCGAAGAUGGGGCUUAAGCGGUUUCAUCCGGAGGAGGCCCAAGGGGAAGCCGAAGACGUCUACAAAGAGGAGGAGGAGCAACACAACAGCUCAGAAGCUGCGAAGAGCGGCGGUCGGGGCAAAAGACUUGAUGGAUGGUCCCCCGCUUUGGGCCCAGGCCAGAUGCCUCCCGCAAAAUCAUUCAAACUCCUCCCAGGACAAGGCCCCUUUGCGCAAGAGGAAAGCCAACGACAGAUUCUGGGGGGCGAUGGUGUGGAGAGGGGCAGGGAGACGUCCUUAAGCAGCUGCCUGGCGGAGGCGAAGGUUUACCGCACCAGGCCUGUACAGGAAGAGCCCCUGCCCUUAUUGCACUCCAAAUCCGAGGAAGAGGAAGGGGACCAGGCCGAAUUUCAGCGCAGUCCACCUCGCCAUGAGUCCCAGGUCCCGGACUUUUCGCAGUUUGCACCCUGGGGCCAGCGAGCUGGAGCGGUGCUGGACUUAUCACAGCACAAUCGCCGAAGUCGGAGGGCCGCAGGGGCCCUGGACUUAACACAACGCAGAUUGGGGGGCCAAGUGGCCCUGGGCCCAUUGCAGUGCCAAUCCGAGGGCCAGAUAAGUGACGUGGCCCUGGACUUAUCGCGGCCCAGAUCCCAGGACCCAAUAGCUGGAGAAGCUCCUGCCUCUCCAGAGUACAGACCCCGGGGCCAACUACUCGGAGGUCCUCUUGACUUAUCAAGGCCCAGACCCCAGGGCCAGAUAAAUGGAGACGCUCCUGAGUUACAACAGGCGGCCUGGAAUCUGUGUCUGUCCUUUGUAAGGUGCCAUAUACAAAGGUGGUGGUAUGUGCCGCUGCCACUACUGCUUCUGUUGCAACUGCUACAUUAUCAUCGCCGGUGUUGUGUAUUGAUUCAGUGGCUUUUAUAUCUGUGUUACUGUUCUCUGUAUUCGCGUUAG